AUGCACGCCUUCUCCCUCCAACACGCCGGCCCCAUCCAACACCCCAUCGCCCUCACCGUCGAGCUCUCCGUCCAUAACGCCAUCACCAUCGCCCUCCAGUACUCCAUCGCCCUCCAGCACCCCAUCGCCCUCGCGCUCGCCAUCCACCACUCCGUCGACCUCACUCUCGAGCACCCCCUCCCCUUCCGCCACGCCCUCGAGCACGCCUUCACUGUCCAGUACGCCGUCGCCCUCAAGCACGGAGUCACCUUCGAACACCCCCUCGCCGGCGAGCACAAGCUCGCCGUCGGGCACUCCGUCGCCGUCGCACACGGCCUCGCCUACCCUGUCACCGUCUCGCACGCCCUCGCCGUCGAGCACGCCAUCAUCGUCGAUCACCGUCUCGCCCUCGCCGUCGAGCACACCAUCACCGUCGUCCUCCAGCACUCAGUCGCCGUCGCCGUCGCCGUCGCCCUCAAGCACGGCAUCACCGUCCAGCAGUCCGUCGCCAUCGUCGUCACCGUCGAGCACGCCCUACAUUACACCAUCGGCCUCCAGUACGCCAUCGCCCUCGGGCACGCCGUCCAGCACUCAGUCACCGGCGCCCUCGAGUACGGCGUCGCCAUCGACAUCGCCCUCAUCCACUGUGUCGCCGACGAGCACGGCUUCGCCCUCUGUCACCGCUUCACCAUCCACUACCCUGUCGCCGUCCAGCACCCCAUCACCGUCGCCGUCGAGCACGUCGUCGCCCUCCGUCACGCCGUCGCCGUCGAGCACGCCGUCGCCAUCUCCCUCAGGCACUCCAUCGAGCACACCCUCACCGUCGAGCACUCUGUCAUCGUCGAGCACGCCGUCGCCGUCUCCCUCAGGCACCCCAUCGAGCACGCCCUCACCAUCUGGCACACCUUCACCGUCUUCCUCCCGCAGUCCGUCGCCAUCAUCGAGCACGCCCUACAUUACGCCAUCACCGUCCAGCACUCCGUCACCGUCGAUCACGGCAUCGCCCUCCGGGACGCCUUCGUCCACACAGAGCCCCUCGAUCACGCCGUCACCAUCUUCGCCAUCAAGCACGCCGAGUCCUUCGCCAACCCAGUCACCGAGUCUGAGCCCCUCAGUCACGCCCACGCCGUCAUUGACUCAGUCGCCUUCGAACACGCCCUCACCGACUCAGUCGCCCUCGAGUUCGCCAUCACCGUCGCCAGCGCCAACCCAGUCAUCCACGCCAAGCCCAUCAGGCACGCCCUCGCCAUCGUCAACCCAGAGCCCAUCCAACACGCCGUCGCCCAGCCAGUCCCCAAGCCAGAGUCCGGCGAGCACGCCCACGCCAUCGCCCUCCAAUACGGCCUCGCCAUCGAACUCACCGUCAUUGUCGAGCACUCCCUCGCCGUCCAGCACUGCAUCACGCUCGCCCUCGCCCUCUCUCUCGAGUACUCCCACGCAAUCGCCCUCUCCCUCCAGCUCGACCUCCAGCACCCCGUCGACCUCGAGAUCGCCAUCGAGCACAUCCUCGCCCUCGCCUUCGAGCACAGCGUCAUCAUCGCCCACGCCAUCGCCCUCCAGCACCCCGUCGUCAUCGAGCACGCCGUCACCGUCGAGUACCCCGUCGUCCUCCAGCACUCCGUCACCGUCGCCGUCGCCUUCAGGCACGGCGUCAUCGUCCAGUACUCCGUCGCCAUCGUCGUCACCGUCGAGCACGCCCUACAUCACACCGUCGGCCUCCAGCACUCCACCAUCCUCGGGCACACCGGCGCCGUCGUCCUCAAGCACUCCGUCGCCCACGCGCACGCCCUCACCGUCGAUCACUGCGUCGCCCUCUGCGACGCCAUCUUCCACACAGAGCCCUUCAAUCACGCCGUCGCCGUCCAGCACGCCGUCGCCUUCCACAACGCCGUCGCCAUCGCCGUCCAACACGCCAUCUCCGUCCACCUCGCCGUCGCCUUCCACAACGCCGUCGCCUUCCACAACGCCGUUGCCUUCCGCAACGCCGUCGCCAUCGCCGUCCACCACGCCAUCGCCUUCCAAUACGCCAUCGCCUUCCGCAACGCCGUCGCCAUCGCCGUCCACCACGCCAUCGCCUUCCAACACGCCGUCGCCGUCCCCUACGGCGUCGCCUUCCAACACGCCGUCACCUUCGCCCACAAAUUCGCCCACGCCGUCUCCGUCCAACACGCCGUCGCCGUCCAACACGCCAUCGCCGUCCAACACGCCAUCGCCGUCCAACACGCCGUCGCCUUCCACCACGCCGUCUCCGUCGCCGACUCGGUCGCCCUCCAGCACUGCGUCCCCUACGAACCAGAGUCCGUCGAGCACACCCACGCAAUCGCCGAAUACUCCCUUGCCUUCAUCGAGCCCGACGAACACACUGACGCCUUCGCCCACCCGGAGCCCAUCGAGAUCGCCGACGCCGACGCCGACGCCGUCACCGUCGCGCUCACCAUCGCCUUCGUCGACCCGGAGCCCUUCACCGUCGCCGUCGGUCAGCCCCUCGAGCACGGCCACCAACUCCCCAACGCUCUCGCCGACCCAGUCGCCCUCAAACUCGCCUACGCCAUCUCCCUCGCAUUCAAACACGCCGUCGCCCUCGUCAACCUCCUCCACGACCCCGGCGUCCUCCCAGUCACCGACCCAGUCGCCCACGUCAUCACCUACCCAGUCACCAACCCCAUCUUCCACCCAUUCCCCGACUCAGUCGCCAUCGUCAUCGCCGACACAUUCACCGACCCCGUCACCCACGUCAUCGCCGACUCAGUCCCCCACGCAGUCGCCGACCCAGUCACCCACGCAGUCGCCGUCCCGCUCUCCCACUAUGUCGCCGACCCAGUCACCCUCCAGUACCCGGUCGCCCACGCAAAGUCCCACGUCAUCGGUCACCCCGUCGAUCACGCCAACGCCGUCGCCAUCGAACACGCCGUCGCCCACCCAGGCACCAUCCAGCUCGCCCUCGCCUUCGUCGACCCGGACGCCAGCGCUGUCGCGGUCGCCCUCCCGGACCCCGUCAAAGUCAGCCACACCGACCAUGACCCCCAGCCCGUCCAGCACGCCGUCGCCCCCUGUCACGCAGUCGCCCACCCCAUCUCGCACGCAGUCGCCCACCACCACGCCGAGCCCGUCGCGCUCGGACUCGCCGACCAGCACGCGCACGCCAUCGCCGACCGGAUCGCGCUCGGCCACGCGGUCGCCCACCAGCUCGGCAUCGCCAACCAGCACGCGCACGCCAUCGCCGACCAGCUCACCCUUGGCCACCCGGUCGCCCACCAGCUCAGCAUCGCCAACUGGCACGCGCACGCCGACCAGCACGCGCACGCCAUCACCCACCAGCUCGCCCUCGGCCACCCGGUCGCCCACCAGAUCGUCAUCGCCGACCAGCACGCGCACGCCGACCGCGACCCGCACGCCCUCGUCUACCGGCACGCCGACGUCCAGCCCCACGCCCACCUCGACCGGCACUCCGUCGACCACGCGCACACCUACGUCGACGCCCACCAGCUCGCGCACGCGGACGCCGACCCCGAGCGUCACAGCCUCAAACACGCGCACUCUGUCGCCCACCCCGACAAGCCGCCCGUCGAGCACGUCGACACCGACACCCAUGCCCUCGACCACUUCGACCAGCGCCAGCACGCCGUCAAGCUCGGCCACGAGAACACCGACGCCCACUAUUUCGGUCACACCCACCGUCACCAGCUCGUCGUCGCCCACCAGAUCGGUCACGCCCACGAGCUCCCGCUCGCCAUCGCCCACCAGAUCGGUCACGCCCACAAGCUCGGUCACGCCCACGGUUUCGACGGCUCCAUCGCCCACUGGGUCGCCUACCAACUCAGCCACCCGCGCGCCGUCGCCUUCACCCUCCGGUUCAAGCUCGCCGACACCCACCAGCUCGGUCACGCCCGCAACCACACGCACGCCGUCGUCCACCCCGACAGGCACUCCCUCAAACAGGGCCUCGUCGACGCCAACGCCGUCAACCACGCUAUCCGCGUCGCCCUCCAACUCACCCACGCCGACGGGCACCAGUUCGCCGUCGCCCACGGCCUCUAUCACGCUUACCCCGUCGCCCCCCCGAUCGGCCACGCCAUCGAGCUCGUCUUCGCCGUCCAACUCGCGCACCCCUUCGCCUUCCAGAUCGGCAACACCAUCGAGCUCGUCUUCGCCGUCCAACUCGCGCACUCCGUCCCCUACCAGCUCGCCCACCCGGUCGCCCACGCCAUCGAUCUCGUCUUCGCCGUCCAACUCGCGCACCCCGUCGCCUUCCAGGUCGGCUACGCCCACGUCCUCCUCCACGCUCAGGCCCUCGAACACCCGCACGGCGUCUCCCACCAUCUCCCUUUCGCCCUCGCCGUCGCGCACUGUCACCCCUCGCCCACCAGUUCGCGCACGCCGACCAACUCGCCGUCGGUCACGCCCACCGUUUCCCGCACGCCGACCAACUCGCGCACGCCGUCGCCCACUAUCUCCCUCACCCCAACGGCGACACCGUCCAACUUGCCAACGCCGUCCAAUUCGCCCACGCCCUCCCGCACGCCGUCUACCACGCCGACGGCCUCGCCCACCAUCUCCCACACGCCUUCGAUCACCCCCACGAUCUCGCGCUCGCCCUCGGCCACGCCCACCAUCUCGCGCUCGCCUUCCCGAUCGCCUGGCGCCUCCCGAUCGCCGUCCAACACCCGCAGCCCGUCUCGCACGCCGUCACGCACCCCCGCCGCGUCGCCCACAAUCUCCGGCACACCGUCGAUCACGCCCACCAUCUCGCGCUCGCCGUCGAUCACCCCCACCAUCUCGCGCUCGCCAUCGCGCACGCCCAGCGCCUCGCGCUCAGCGUCCAACACGCGCACGCCCAUCGUCACACGCUCGGUGACGCCCACCAUCUCCGUCACGCCGUCGAUCACCACCUCCCGCUCGCCGCCGCGCACGCCCACGCCCUCCAACUCCAACUCGCCCUCGCCGUCGCCCUCCGUUUCAUCCACGCCCUCCAACCCGCCCACGCCCACGCCCUCCGUCUCCCUCUCCGCGACGCCGUCGCCCUCCGGCUCCCACACGCCACCGCCGUCGCCCUCCCUCACGCCCAGCAACUCCCCAUCGCCCACCGCCUCCGAGUCACUGACGCCCCGGCCGACCCGCUCGCCUUCGCGGUCGCCGUCGCCUAGCCGCACCCCGACCAGUUCGCCGUCGCUCACGCCCUCGACCAGCCCGACGAGCUCGCUCACCCCCAGCCGCUCGCCCUUUGCUUCGCAUGCGGCCGCCACCUCGCCCCGCGCGCCGUCCGAGUCGCCCACGCGUACGUCAUCGCCCUCGGGCUCGAGAUCGCCCACUGAGUCGCCGUCGGCCUCGGUCUCCCCCACUGCAUCGCGCACGCCGCCCCCGUCGCCCCCCACAUCGCCGACCAACUCGCCCACUCCGACGCCCUCAGUCUCGUCGUCGCCGUCCAACUCGGCUUCGCCCAACCCCUCGAGCUCGAGCACGGCCUCGGCCUCGCCGAGCCGCACCUCGUCGCCCUCUAAGUCGGCCUCGCGGUCGGCCACGCCCUCCACCUCGUCAUCGCCUUCCAACUCGCCCACGAGCACCCGCACGCCGACCAGCACCCGCACGCCGUCGCCGUCGCCCACCGUCACCCGCACGCCGACGCCCUCCACCUCGAUCACGCCCACCAGCUCGCGCACGCCGUCGCCCACCCGCUCCAGCACACGCACGCCGUCGCCCACCCGCUCGCAGACGCCCUCCAACUCACGCACGGCAUCGCCCACCCGCUCCCAAACCCCCUCCAACUCGCCCUCCAACUCGAUCACGCCCACCAGCUCCCGCACGCCGUCACCCACGGGCUCAGUCUCGCGCUCUCCGUCGGUCACGCCCAGCGUCUCCCGGUCACCGUCGCCGUCCACCUCGCUCACGCCGAUGGGCUCGCCCUCCCGGUCGCCCACGCGCUCGGCCAGCGCCAGCUUCACGCCCAGCCCCAGCGCGGCUUCGGCGUCGCCCUCAAAGGGCGACUUCACGGUACAGCCCUUCGUCUCGCUCGUACCGUUCACCACCGUCUCGCCGUCGCGCUCGGCCACCCCGAGCCCGCCAUCGGCUUCGCCCAGCCCGACCCCCGCCGCAGCAGGCUCCUCACCGGGGUCUAGCGGGUCGCCGUCGCCCUCCACAACGCCGUCGUCGCCCGGCUCCGAGCCGUCAUCGUCGUCACUGGGCUUCGUCUCGGUCUCGCCCACGCGCUCGCCCACCGCCAGCUCGACCCCCAGCCCCAGCGCGGCGUCGGCGACGCCCUCCAAGGGGGACUUCACUGUGUUGCCCUUCGUCACCCUGGUCCCCUUCACCACCCCGUCGGCCACGCGCUCAACGACGCCAACCGCCUCCGCCACCGCCACGGCCGCGUCGCUCUCUGUCACUCGGUCGGUUUCGCCCUCGCCCUCGGCCACCGCUACGCCCUCCCGAUCGGUCUCUCCCACCCGCUCGGCCAGCCGCAGCCCCGCAGCGUCUGAGUUCGGAGGCCAGGGCGACGCGUCCCGCACGCCGUCGCCUCGCACCAGUGGCGUCUUCACGACAUUGCCCUUCGUCACCUUACUGGGAUCGCCCUCGGUCGCCGUAGCGAAGCGUCAGGGGUCCACUGAUGCCGACUACGAAGUCAAUCCCCAGCCUGGCCGCCGCUCGCUGCUGGCGAAGGCGGAGCCCAACGACGACUACGAGCCGCCGGUCAGCGUUCUAGGCUUGGCUCUGUGCCUGGUGGCUGCUGCAGCCGUGACUGCGGUAUUGCUGCGCAGACGGCCCCAGCAGCCCACCAACGCACACCGGUUGGCUAUCGUGUAA